AUGCUCUUUCCUGGGAAAGAAAUUCCUUUCCUUCAUUACUGUCUCAUUCAUUUGACUGUCUUUCUGGAAAAGGCUUUAAUUUUCCUCCGUGACCGUCUCAUUCAUUUACAUGCUCUUUCCUGGGAAGGCUUUAAUUCCCUCCUUCGUGACCAAAGGCUUUUAAUUCCUCUCCUUCGUGACUGUCUCAUUCAUUUUACAUGCUCUUUCCUUUCUUUCUCCUUCGUGACUGUCUCAUUCAUUUUACAUGCUCUUUCCUGGAGAAAGGCUUUAAUUCCUUCCUUCGUGACUGUUCUCAUUCAUUUUACAUGCUCUUUCCUUUCUUUCUUUAAUUCCUCUCCUUCAAAGGCUUUAAAUUCCUCUUCGUUUCUCAUUCAUUUUACAUCUCUUUCCUUUUCUUUUUCCAUCCUUCGUGACUGUCUCAUUCAUUUUACAUGCUCUUUCCCUUUCCUUCGUGACUGUCUCAUUCAUUUUUUCAUGCUCUUUCCUCUUUAA